GCAACGUAAUUAAUAUUCAUGAGCCAUGCCUUCAGUAGAGUAGGAUUGGCAAAUUUGUGACCGGUUUAAUCAAUCAAUAAGAACAAUGUUCCGCUGUCUGGACGCGUUGUGCGAGCUUUUUUGAAGAUAUUAUGUAAUGUUUAUGUAAUUCGCGCUUGGACAAGGAGAAUUUAAACGAACAUGGAAAAGGAAGCCUGCAACAAUUUCAAAUCCAUAAGGGCAAAGUUUCAAGAAGAGAUCCAGGCGAGGCACAGACCUGUGGUUCCUGAGAAACCCAAACGCCUCCCAACAUCUGCCAUAAGCCACUCUGGUCUGAUAACCAUGAGCCUUUGUUCAACUGUGGAAACCAAGACCACCAUUCAACCCCAGGUCACUUUGAGAGAUGACCAGAAAACACCUUCAGGAAAACGCCCUGUAUCAUUCCCAACCACAACAUCUGAAGUCAGUAGGUCUGGAGAUGGGCAGAACAGGCAGUCGCUUAAAAUGCGGUAUUUGCCCCUCGUGUUGCCGCUUUCAAACGAGCCAAAGCAUGAUUCUUCUGCACCUGCUUCAAAAGGCAUCAACUCGCCUCUUAAAUGCAUCAUGAAACCAAUUCCUACACCUUUCAGCUCGACCAGAGUUUCACUGUGCGCUAAAGAAAUUGGUAAAAAUGGUCUGGGGCUUUUGAAAAACAGUGGUACUUUUAAUGCUCAGAUGGAAGAGUCCACCCUAAAGACUGCAAGUACAGAUGCUAGGGAGGUCCAACAGACUAGGGUGUCAAAUGCUGGAUUGCUAGAUCAUUCAGCUCCACCUUCACCAAAUGAUUCGCUGACAGAUUCAUCUUCUGGAAGUGUUACUCAUUUCUUUGACCAGCAUGUCCUGAGCACGCUAGAGAAAGCCAAGAGGAAGCUCUGUCAGAGGAACCUGUUGGUGUGUGGCAGACCAAAGGGCUUUUACUCCAGUAAAGCACAAGUGCGGCACACAGAAAGUCCUCCAUCGCCUGCUGCAUCUGAGAGUUGUCACCCAGAGACUUCGCCAUUGAAGGUUAAUGAAAUAUCACACAGCACCAUCUCUGUAAUAGAGCUCGGUGGAGUCAUGCGGCCUAAAAAAGCACGCAAACCUCUUCCUGACCUGGUGUCCUUAGGUCCUACGCCCUCAAAGCCACCUAGACCCCCACGUGUGGAUCUGAGCAAAUAUAAGACUGGAUUGCAUGUCUCUGAACCAACUGAAGCACUUACUAUUGAAUCUGUACCUGAGCCUGAGAUUGCAGCCCCUGCUAAUGCAUCACUUGAGGACGCAAGUGUACCUCCCCCUGAAUUUCCAGAUUUUGACAUUUCUGCACCAGAAGCCACAGACAGUAAUGCCAUAAAUCUGGCGGCCCUGGAUUUCGAGGCCACUGAAUUUCAAGGGUUUGAUUCGUUGCCUCCACCACUGCCAAAUGAAGACAAUGGCCUGCAUUUACAGGCUGUGUUGGUCCAACAUUGUCCAGGUCAUUUUGGUCCAAAGAGCAUGCAGUCAGAAGACACUCUCUGUCAGUCCUCAGAGGAAAUGAGAAAUGAAGGGACCCUGGCGUCUAAUACAGAAUCGGUGACCUCUGACCUGGGAAUGAAUGGAUCACACACUACCUUCAACCUGAGCGGUGAACACCCGCUUCCAUCAGAGCAAAUGUCUUCUCAACAAAAGUAUUUCCACGAAAGCUUUGAUAAUGUUUAUGAGGAUGUGGAAACAGUCCCCAAGUUUUCUUUUGCUCAAAGCUCUUAUAAGUGUAAAGGAGCUCCUAAGAAUCCAUAUGCAGAUAACAGCCUUGUGAAAGAAGAAACUUGGAGGAAUAUAUGGCAUGUCACUCAAUGGUCUAAUGCAGCUGAAGAUCAAAAUGGCCAACAUGAUAGAAAGAAGCUGAGCCCUGAACAUCAUGAGGAUAAAGAGCAGAAGAAGAAAGAGAAGCAGCGUCUGGAGAAGGAGAAGAAAGAACAGAAAGAGAAGGAUAAAAAGAGAAACGAAAUGCACAAGAAAUUUAAAAUCACUGGACUGGAAGAGCCCAUGUAUUGUGCCAGAGUGCUGGCGGACAGCAAACUGCGAAAGUACAACCUGCCCGUCAAAAGUGGGGAUCUCAUCAGCAUCAUCCGAACAGUCAACUGCCCCAAGGGCAAAUGGCUAGCCAGAGACACCAACAACAAAUAUGGCUACAUAUCUGUGAUGAACGUGGAGUUGAACAUUAAGGAGAUGCUUGAGCUCGGAAAAAAGGUAUCACAGGCCGCCGGACGAAGCCAAACCGAUGGAGAUAACCUUAGUGACAGCAGCAGGUCCUCUCAUCAGAAUCCUGUGCUUACAAGUAGCUUCACUGAUGACAGCGAGGAAUGGAUGUAUGAAGAUGACACGUUGUCGCUGUCUGCUGAAAAUGUGAGUCAGAUCAAAGCUGCCUCUAUGCAUGAGAUGUUUGAUAGCAACUCUUCAGCUCAUCAUCCAUUUGGUGACUGGAGUAUUGAAGACAUCCAGACACAAGAGGCAGACAACUUCCAGUUUGCAGACAUUGAUCUUCUGCCUCCUCCAGCUCUUUACGCUGACUCUCUGUGAGCCGGUGGUAUGUCUCAUGACUUUGAUUGCGUUCCUCUAUCAUUACCAAUGACAUCCUCAUCCACACAAGUGUUGUUUGAAAAAUGGCUAUCUAGCACUGACCUUUAGUCUUUAAAUCAUCAAAUCAGACUUGAUUCUCAAAUGCUAAAAAAGACAACUUACUGUAGCAUUUUGAUGAAAGUGAUCUUUUCAAGUUUGAAGUGUUCCAUUUGCAUUGUGUGCAAGCAGUGGUAGAUUGAGGAUGAAUGGCAGCUUAGGGGUUUUAAUGAAACGGCAAUGUGGCACUUAUUCAUAUGAACUAUUAAAUUGCAAAAUUGAAGUCAUCUUCAAGGAAUUGAGAGUAACUGUGAUUUUGCAUGCUAUCUACACAAUAACCUUGAAGUUGCUUUUGUCUUUGUGUCUCAUUGUGUGGGAAUAUUGGAAGUUGGUGGUUUGAUUACAUGUUUGUUCAAUAAUGAAAACUUAAAUGGAAUAAAUGGAUGUGUAUAC